CCAUUUCACCCACGGAGCUGUCCUUCUUGUCUUACACUGACCGGUCCUUCACCAAGGAAUUGAAUCUCGUCUAACCAUCUUUCCUCGCUCUCGCUGCCCACUGCCUCAAUUGACCUCGCAUAGAGAGGCGAAAACGUUCCUUGUGAUUCUUGGCUCGCUAGUUACAUAACAACGGAGCAGAUGAAGCGAGGCACGCCGAAGACGAACACUGCCGGUUUCCCGCCACCGUUGCGGGGCGGCUCUCCCACCAUGAGCUUGGAGUCUGGCAUCAACGGCGACAUGCUUCGCUACAGAUUGCCCCCCAGCUCGCACCCGGGCCAGCUUUUGAGCGGCCAGAUGAACCCACAGUCAACGAUGUCCACCCGGCAGCAGCCGGUGGAGCUGCAGUGGCUGGAGCAGCGGCAGCAGCAGCAGCAACAGCAGCCGCCGCAAGCUCAGCAGUUCAGCGGACAGGAGCAGGACAGCAUGAGUAAAUCAGUUGAGCCUACCAUCUCAGAAGAUAGAACACGGGGCAGCGAAUUCGACAAAAGUGGCGAUCUCUGGGCGGCCCUGAGAUCACCAACGCCACCGAAAGGCAACUCUCAGGGUCUAGUACCAUUCAAUUUUCCUUAUUCCACAGAUGAUCCGAAAGGCGACUAUUUAUUCCCAAACCUUCUUCGAUAUCACCACCGCUACGAACAAGAAACCCCCAUGCAUCAACGAACCUACAAACACCAAGUCCACAAAACCAAUUUCCCGGUGCGAAACAAGCCCGCGGGAUUAAACAUGCGACCCACGGAAGCCUCGACAGAACCCAGUAGACCGAGAGCACACGCUGAUACUUACCAAACUUUUCCAGACCGCGUCUUCAAUCCACAGACUGUUGAACAUGGAGAAUCCUCUGGGCAUCUCGCUGCAUCUCUAUUCCAGAUUGCAAGUCAUUUAGGGAUCCCCGAGGACUCGGCUCUCAGCCUAGACCACAUGCAGUCCUACAUUUCGGGCUUGAAGAGCCAUGCCAAUAUGCCCCCCGUACGGCCGAAAGCAUCAAGACUUCUGACGAUCCAUCGCGUCUUUGAUAAAGCACGGCACCACAUCUCUGAUGACGCACGGGAGUCUCAUCGAACUUACCUCGAUCCUCCACAGUGGAUCGAGGGCGGAACUAGUUCCACGAAUAUCUUGAUGGGGGCUUCUCCGAUAUUAAACGUUCAAGCAUACCUCACAAAACACCCAGAAGUGUGCUUCAUCAUAUGCCGUGACUAUGCGGGCACUUCUCACCCCACAGAUAAUGAAGAUACGGAUGCCCAUGGCAACCUCAUGGUGAAGCACAUUUCGGAAUCGAUUGUCCCCGUCGAAGGUCAUCUGGUAUCAGCCACGAGAAAAUUCGCCAUCUUUUCUGCCAGCACCUACUUAUCUGAUACUCUCACUCAUAGUGGGUCUGAAACUGAUGAUGAGAGUGACACUGGCAGUUCGACUCGGGAAUUCUCGAAUGAAUGGCUUGAGGAUGACACGAUCACACUCUCUUACCCCUACCUUUCAUUCUACCAUGCCCGGGGCGGUUCCAUGGACGCCUUCGCGAAGACACUGUCCGUUAACGAGCUGAGACAGUUCCAACGGGUGACCAACUAACGUCAAGCACCCACAUUUGGCCCCCCCCCACAUUUGGCCCCCCCAAAAACGAGGGCAUUCCCACCAACAUCAGUAUGUUCAAUUAAUUACUAACUAGGCCUAGAUGCCACUACAAUACAGCUUUCAGCUUCACUAGGUAUAUCAGACUCGCUAGAUCCAUCUAUAAUAUCCUCUUUUUCGCCAGCCUCAACUUAGGCCUUCUGGAUGUCCUUAAUGUUGGCAAACUUAGUGUUUAGAUCUAGCUAGACUGCCUUUCUUUUCCUAACUGUAGUGCUUGUAACCUUUGCCUGCAGAAGCUCUAGCUUAUGCUAGGC